AUGGAGCGGAAAGGUGAGCUGUGGAGCGGCCUCCGCCACGAGGGGCAACGGCCGCCGGGGCGAGGCUCGGGUCAGCACCGGGAGCGCCUAGCCGCCGCAAUCCGGUCCCGGGGCGUGCGGCGCCCUUCCACUGAGGUGGCGCCACCCCUCACCCCCCGCCUAUGGGCUGCUGGUCCGCGCCCCUCAGCCCAGGCGUCUUCCCGCGCCGGCAGUCACCGCCCCUUGCUCCCCGCCGGACCAGCCCAAACCUUGGGGCCACUGCACUGCCCGGCCCUCGGAGGGCGAGGCAUACCCCUGCCAGUCGUCCCCCUGACUCGGCCCGAGCCCCCUCCGGCGCAUUCUGCCUGGACGCUGCUCUGCGCCCCGUGGGCCGCCCGCCUCCCAGAAGCCGCGGCGUUCGCCCCGGAGCCGCCCCUCAGGCAGGCCCGGCACCUGGGCCUGGCACCCCUGCUAGGUCUCAACCCUCACCUUGGUCGCCUCCUUCCCUCCGCAUUCGCCCUUCAUUCAUCCCUCUCUUCUGCAGUGCUUGCGCUCCAGGCCCGAAAGAAAAGGACCAAGGCCAAGAAGGACAAAGCCCAAAGGAAAUCUGAAACUCAGCAUCGAGGCUCUGCUCCCUACUCUGAGAGUGAUCUACCAGAGCAGGAGGAGGAGAUCUUAGGAUCUGAUGAUGAUGAGCAAGAGGAUCCCAAUGAUUAUUGUAAAGGAGGUUAUCAUCUUGUGAAAAUCGGAGACCUAUUCAAUGGGAGAUACCAUGUCAUCCGAAAGCUGGGCUGGGGACACUUUUCAACAGUGUGGUUGUCAUGGGAUAUUCAGGGGAAGAAGUUUGUGGCAAUGAAAGUAGUUAAAAGUGCUGAGCAUUAUACUGAAACGGCACUAGAUGAAAUCCGGUUGCUGAAAUCAGUUCGUGAUUCAGACCCUAAUGAUCCAAACAGAGAAAUGGUUGUUCAACUAUUAGAUGACUUUAAAAUAUCAGGAGUUAAUGGAACCCAUAUCUGCAUGGUAUUUGAAGUUUUGGGCCAUCAUCUGCUCAAGUGGAUCAUCAAAUCAAAUUAUCAGGGGCUCCCACUUCCUUGUGUCAAAAAAAUUAUUCAGCAAGUCUUACAGGGUCUGGAUUAUUUACACACCAAGUGCCGCAUCAUCCACACUGACAUUAAACCAGAAAACAUCUUGUUAUCAGUGAAUGAGCAAUACAUUCGGCGGCUGGCUGCAGAGGCUACCGAAUGGCAACGAUCUGGAGCUCCUCCACCUUCCGGAUCUGCAGUCAGUACUGCUCCCCAGCCUAAACCAGCUGACAAAAUGUCAAAGAAUAAGAAGAAGAAAUUGAAGAAGAAGCAGAAGCGCCAGGCAGAAUUACUAGAGAAGCGAAUGCAGGAAAUUGAGGAAAUGGAGAAAGAGUCGGGCCCUGGGCAAAAAAGACCAAACAAGCAAGAAGAAUCAGAGAGUCCUGUUGAAAGACCCUUGAAAGAGAACCCAUCUAAUAAAAUGACCCAAGAAAAACUUGAAGAGGCAUGUACCAUUGUCCAGAAUCAAACACUUAUGGAGCGUGAUGUGGAGGGUGGCGCAGCAGAAAUUAAUUGCAAUGGAGUAACUGAAAUUGUUAAUUAUUCUGAGAACAGGAAUAAAGAGACACUGAGGCUUAAAGACGAUCUACAUAAUGCUAAUAACUGUGGUGUCCAAAAUUUGAAGCAGGAACCUAGUUUCCUAAGCUCACAAAAUGGAGACAGCAGCACAUCUCAAGAAACAGACUCUUGUACACCUACAACCUCAGAGGUAUCAGAUACCAUGGUGUGCCAGUCUUCAAAUACAGACCAGUCAUUCAGUGAACAGGACAUCAGCCAACUUCAAGAAAGCAUUCGUGCAGAGAUACCCUGUGAGGAUGAUCAAGAGCAGGAACAUAAUGGACCAUUGGACAACAAAGGAAAAUCCACUGCUGGAAAUUUUCUUGUUAAUCCAUUGGAGCCAAAAAAUGCAGAAAAACUCAAAGUGAAGAUUGCUGAUCUUGGAAAUGCCUGUUGGGUGCACAAACAUUUCACUGAAGAUAUUCAGACAAGGCAGUAUCGCUCCCUGGAAGUUCUGAUAGGAUCUGGCUAUAAUACCCCUGCUGACAUUUGGAGCACAGCAUGCAUGGCCUUUGAACUGGCCACAGGUGACUAUUUGUUUGAGCCUCAUUCAGGGGAAGAGUACACUAGAGAUGAAGAUCACAUUGCAUUGAUCAUAGAACUUCUGGGGAAGGUGCCUCGCAAGCUCAUUGUGGCAGGAAAAUAUUCCAAGGAAUUUUUCACCAAAAAAGGUGACCUGAAACACAUCACAAAGCUGAAACCCUGGGGCCUUUUUGAGGUUCUAGUGGAGAAAUAUGAGUGGUCUCAGGAAGAGGCAGCUGGCUUCACGGAUUUCUUACUGCCCAUGUUGGAGCUGAUUCCCGAGAAGAGAGCCACCGCCGCCGAGUGUCUCCAGCACCCCUGGCUCAACUCCUAAGCCCCUGCCCAACACCGCAGCAGAGAUCACACACUGACCCUCCGCCCUCCCCAGCAUUUAUUUCCCUCUUCCUUUUUCAGGCUGAAGCUCUUUCUUCAAGGGUUUCUAGAUUUUUUUUUUUUAAUCCAGCAUGUUCACUUGGGUUUGCUUAUAUGACCCUGUGGAGAUCCCCACAGCCAUUGGGCAUCCUCGGUGAAUUUGGCCUUGGUUGGGCUCUGCCAAAGACUAACGAACUGAAAUGUAAAACAGCUUAUUGCCCUGUACCCUUGCCUUUCCAUCAGGACAUCCUUUUAAACUUUAAACAUCCUUUUUAAAAAGAGCUUUGAAAAUGUAUGAGCCCAUUCACUGACUCUAAGAGUCAACUUUUCUAGUGCUUAUCCCAUUGGUAGCAUAAGGAUGAGGAGAAGGGAAGAAUGUUAAUUCCUUGUGCAGCAGAGACAUUAAACUUGCUGUAUCCAGGCUGUAUCAUCUUCCUGGAUUGUUUCUGUUACUCUCUAUGUUCACAUUUUUCCCUGAAACUUAAGCUACUAUCUUUUUUAAUAGGCUGUAUAAACACCAAAUGUGUGUAUCAUUUUAUCACUGUUCAAAGCAACAUCAAAUUCCUUUCAUCUUUAAUAAUGUCAGGUUCCUUUACUGCAGUCUAAUUAGUGAUGGAAGCAAAAUUAGAACCACUGAAAAGCAGUUUCUUCAGAACCACAGGUGUUUAGCAAGCAGUGCUUUCCUACGUGUCUUCUGUCACCCUGGGAGCACAGUUAUUUUGAUCGGCUUUUUUCUUUUUUUGUUUGUUUGUUUGUUUGUUUCUAUUUUUUUUAAUCCUGGUUGUCACUUUUUUCAUUGCAUUUGAAUUUGUUGCCCUGUAACUAAAGAAUUCAAGGUAACUAGAAAGGAGAUCUGGGUUUCAGAGCUUUCCCAUCUAAGAAGAAAUGUCCCAGAGCUCUUGACUCCUUUCCAAACAGUCCCCUAACUUUAUUUAUAAAUAACUUUUUUUUCUCUUUGCCCAGGAUUUUGGCUUUGAAGCAGUUUCCCUUUGUGACUUUAUGUUUUUUCAUUUUCUCAGAGGCUUAGAGUCUUACAUGAAACCCCAGGAUAAAAGAACCACGGGGAGGGGU